CCGAUUGGCCGAGAGCGCACCGGAAGUGUCUGCGCGUUAGAUCCGUUGCGGGGAGCGUCGUCGGAGCAGGCCUCGCCGCCCUCGGCCGUCAGGAGCGCCAGAGGCCCCGGCCCGCCCUUCCCUUCCGCAGGAGGACCCCUCCGAGCGCGAUAUUAAUAAAGCAGCGGAAAGAAGAAAUAUGAAUAAGCCUCCCUCAAGGUCCAGCCCGGCACGAAGAGACAACUAUGGGUAUGGAGACAGAGAAGUGAGGCGCGAUCGCUCUCCCCUACGGGGCAGUCCACGGAGAGAACCAAGAGAUGGCCGGGAUUCCAGGGACGGGCGGGACCUUCGGAUGAGAGAUGUGCGUGACGCCAGAGACCACAGAGACCCCAGAGAUUUCCGAGACCCUCGAGACCUGAGAGAGCCCAGAGACCUGAGGGAUCCUCGGGACUUGAGAGAACCCCGUGAGCCACUGUAUGAUCGCUACAGGGAUGAUCGGGACCCUCUGCCCAGGCGAGAAGAGGGUUAUGACCGGUACACGCGCAACGAGGACUAUUAUCGACGGAGGGAUGACCCGUACUAUGACCGGUACCGUGAUCACCUGGACAGACCCCCCCUGACUGCUGAAGAGCGCAUGAAGCGAGAGGAACGGCGCCGGGAGGACCUGUACCGCCAGUUCUUUGAGGACAUCAAGCGGCGCAUUGAUGCGGAGCGACCCGUGGACUGUUCCGUGAUUGUGGUCAACAAACAGACAAAGGACUACGCGGAGUCGGUGGGGCGGAAGGUGCGAGACCUCGGCAUGAUCGUCGACCUGAUCUUCCUCAACUCGGAGAUGUCUCUGCAGCAGGCGCUGGACGAUGUCAGCCAAGGGGGGUCUCCUUUCGCCAUCGUCAUCACCCAGCAGCACCAAGUCCACCACUCGUGCACGGUCAACAUCAUGUUUGGCACGCCCCAAGAGCACCGCAACAUGCCUCAGGCUGACGCCAUGGUCCUGGUGGCCAGGAACUACGACCGCUACAAGAGCGAGGUCCGGGAGAAGGAGCGCGAAGAGAUUGCCAGGCAAGCCGCCAAGAUGGCCGACGAAACCAUCCUGCAGGAGCGGGAGCGCCCCUCGCCCACUGGGGAGGGGGUCCGCGGGGGCCACCCCCCAGGCAUCCAGUCGCUCCUGAACCUGCUGGCCGACAACCGCUAUUUGACUGCCGAGGAGACCGACAAGAUCAUCAACUACCUGCGAGAGCUCAAGGAGCGGCAGAUGCGAGCCAGCGCGGACCCUCUUCCUGCUUCCCUUCCCAGGCAACCCCUGGGGGCCUCGUCGGGGUCCUCUCUGGCCACCUCAGCCAGCCUGCCGAGCUCCCAGGCUCACCAGAGCGCCCAGCCUGUGACGCAGCCCGUCUCCGCCACCGCGGCUUCCAAUCCCCAGCAGGAGCUGCAGGCCAAGAUCCUGAGUCUCUUCAACAGCGGGACGGCUGCCGCCGCCGCCGCAGCAGCCGUAGCCAACAGCGGCACGGGUGUGGGAGGCGCUCAGGGCCAGAGCUUUUCCUCCAGCUCCGGCACUCCGAACCGGGCGGCGCAGCUCCUUUCCACAAGCUUAGCCCAGUCCCAGCCACGGGCACAAGGCCAGGGCGCCCAGUUUGUAAACCACUCGGCCCCGGCCAGGAACCCCGGCCCAAGAGCGGGGGCCCCUUCGCAGUCCUCCCAGCCGCUGUACCAGAACCGGCCCCCUGCCCCGGGCAACGCCCCCUCUCAGAGGCAGGCCCCUUCCUCCGGGAUCAACUUCGACAAUCCCAGCGUGCAGAAGGCCCUGGACACCCUGAUCCAGAGCGGCCCCGCCCUCACCCACCUGGUGAGCCAGACGGUGGGCCAGAUGCGGGCAGUGCCCCCUGCCCAGCAGCCCAUGAGCUCCUACCAGCGGCAUUACUGAUGCCCUGUCCGUGCCGUCUCUUGCUGCCAUUCCUGAUGCCCUUGAUUGUGCAUGCCUCACUCCCCCCCCCCACACCCCCUUUCCCUUCUGCUCCCACCAAGGCGGAGGAGGCAGGGGAGGGCCUGUUCUCUUCCACAGCUGCUGAUGUUGGAGCCGCUCCCCCCCCCCCCCGGCAGCCUGGCACCUUCCGUGCCAAGCGGCAGGGCCCUUCUUAUUCCAGAUGUUCAGAUCUCUCUGUUUUUGAUUUGACGUUGUAAAGCUAACUUUGCUUGGAUGUCCGGUGGAGGUUUCUUUUGCAGUUGAGGCCACCCGUUUAGAGGCUCUCGGGAGUGGGGCACGUACGCCUUUCAGCCUUGGCCCUAGAGCUGUAGAUGUUUCGUUCCUGAAUGGUUUUGUCAGUUAGAUAACUCUGUACUGUUAACAGGAGGACAUACCUUUUUUUUAAAAAAAAAAGUAAAAUAAAACAGUAUUUUAAAAAA